UAAGCGGUCUUACUUUCACUAGAUACGAGUAAAACAAUCCAAUUAAAGUGAUAAUUAAAUAGUGUUUAAUUAAUACCAAGUGAAUUUUAACGUCUGCAAAGUUUCAGAUAUUGAGUCGUAUACAUAAAGAAACAUUUUGCUGAUUUGAGAUGGAAUGGACAUUCUGCCUUAACUAUUCAUGGAUGGGCCACUAAGCCUUGCUGACACGACCAAUGAGAGGAAUGAGAGCUUGAACCAGAGUCAUCGUGACACGGCCAGCCAUGAGGAUCUGUCCCGCUCUGUUAGCAAACUGAACGAGAGCACCACUUCACUGAAUAAUAGACACGCACCCACCCACUCUCCAUCCAAGCAGGGCACAUUGAGUCAUCAACAAAGCAUGCAGUCCAACAGCUCCGAGGUGAAUGGGGAGAAGAAAGAAGAGCAGCCGGGCAUCAAGUUUGAGAGGCUGAAAAACCUCAGUGAGGAUGAGCUGCUAUUGAAGGUGAAGGAGAUUGUCGGUCACCUUGACCGCCUGGAGGAGUAUCACCGUGGUGAUGGCAUGAGGAUACAGAAGAUGAUCGGUGACAUGUACUGGGACUAUGUGCCCUUGAGGGAGGCCAUUGGGGACUGUCUGGCAGACAACAACUAUGCAGUGGUUUCUAUGAGAAUGCUGAAGUCACUUAACAGUGUGGGAAUCUUCAAGAACGAUGAUAUCUGGUUCCCCACCUACUAUACAUACAACACCAUGUGGAACAUAAGCGACGCAAGUGCUAAACUUGCAAAGAAUCUAGCAGACAACGAUGCAGUUAAGCUACUGACUCUUAAUUGUGGCCAUAAACCCUACCUCCAAGCACUACAUAGUAAGAAUGUGUUCUAUGUAGUGAAGGCGUCCCUCAGCAUCCUGCAUAACAUAGCAAGGGCAUCUGGAAUGAAACCCUUAUUUGAGGAGAAUAAAACUGGAGAGACUAUUAUGCCAUUCCUGGAGUCGGAAGACGACAUGCUGAAGAUUCUUGCCACUCUGACUAUAGCACACAUAGUGGAUGAGGAGGAGAACAAAACACUCAUCACAGAGACAGGUACCAUCAAGUGCAUUGUGAGCUGGCUGGGUAACGCCCUGGACUCGGCCAGACGGAGGUUCAAGGGAUUCACACCCCAGGAGCUCACAGAGGGCCUUAACAAGCUGGCAGUGAACGACAGCAAUAAGAUGAAGAUAAUAGAAGAAGACGCAUUGCCCCAGUUCAUAAAGAUGUUGAAACAUGAGGAUGUUCGAGAACAGAGCUCUGCUGCACGUAUUGUAUGGACGCUGGCCUUUGACAAGGAUGUCAGACAAAAACUGGUGGAGAAUGAGGAGCUGAUGACGUUGCUGAAGAAAUUGGGUGACAGCACCAACAAGAGCUUACAGACCAAUGCUAACGGUGCAUUGUGGGUCAUCAAGGGAGAGAACGAGGUCUCCAGAGAAAGCAAAGAGUCACAGAAACCCGAACAGGAAAGAAAUCGACGGAUCACAUCAGCAAAAGGCAAGCGUCACAUCUUCCUCAGCUACUCCUGGUCAGAUAAGGUGGAGGUCUUAAAACUGCGAGAUCGACUCAGGGCGGAAGGCUAUGCAAUCUGGAUUGACAUUGAGAAGAUGGGUGGUUCCACUCUGGACGCCAUGGCCCAUGCCAUCGAGAAUGCCGCUGUGGUCCUCAUAUGUAUGUCUGAGAAGUACAAGCAGAGCCCCAACUGCAGGACAGAGGCGGAGUACACAUAUCAACUGAAGAAGGAGUACAUUCCUCUCAUGAUGCAGCAGAAAUACCGGCCUGACGGCUGGCUGGGACUCAUACUCGGGGCAAAGCUGUUCUUUGACUUCAGUGGAAAGUAUCCCUUUGAAAAGCCAUUUACUGGGUUGUUGAAAGAGCUUCGGGGCCGUGGUCAAGUGGACCUUAAUCAGACCCCUUCAACAGACACAGCAGACGGUCCGAUCACCAUGACGAUGACAAAUUCCUUGACCUCACAUCCCAGCCCAGGCACUCCUUCCAACUCGGUAGCUUUCAGCAUGGGUCAGGAGGAGCUCAUCAAGUGGCUUAGAAACAUAAAACUCACAGAAUGCAUUCCUGCCUUUAUGGAGUUUGAUGGUAGACUUCUUAUGCAACUGAAAACCAUGAGACAAGAGGCACCUGAAUUUUUCUACUCAUGUCUGGAAAGACGUCUCAAUAUGUCCCUCAUUGAAAUCCUGAAGUUCACACGAGCGUUAGAGGAGCUACAUUAGGGUAAGAGGAGCUGCAUUAACAAGUAUGGCUACAAGGAGUCAAAUGGAGACAGGGUGUUUGUUAAACCAAAAUGCUGACAUAUAUGUGGUGCGACACUGUACCAUUGCGAGGGGUGAAGGGGAAUGAUGAAUUCUCAUACCCCGUAUUUCAGCAUGUCACGAAAAUUCAUAGGAAGAGGUUUUAAUUGAUUGCCUUUUCCACAGAUCAGUCAGUUUUCAUAAUGCUGAGUAAAAGCAGUGUAAGAGCACUUGUUAAGAAAAAUAAACAUUUAUCAAACAUCGUUUAGAUUGUUAAAAAAGUUGUUUAAACCUUUUGAGACAUUUUACGUAUUUAAAAAAAGAAACUUGACAAAAAAUACCUUGCUUAAUAAUAUAUGGAAUUAUUUUUACAUGUUUGUUGUGUUUCAUUUAAAUGCAAUUUUGGUUGAACAUUUGUGUAUGUUGGUGAAUUGCAAUUGAAAUAUAUUCUUGUGUUUUGUUUUGAUGUCAUCUAAGAUUCAAAAUUCAUUCUGUUUUAUGGAUUUAUUUAUGUUAGUGUUGCAAUAAUCCACCAUAUAGUUUUAAGUUUAUUUGCGCAAUUUACUUUGAAUUAUAAUAUAGUCACUUUUAAUGAACUGGGUACUUCACAUAUUUGUGUAUUUGACUUCAUAUACAUAAUAUGUUAGUAUUGAAUUAAAAAAGCAAUGGCUAUCACUUUGUUUCUGUGACAACAUGUUGACUUUUUGUUGUUUUGUUUAUAUACAGUCACUAUACAUGUAUAUACAUCAAUUAAAUAUACAAAUUAUGAAGUUAACCCCAGUAAACCCAUUCGAAGAUGUAUUUUUAUUACUUUUAAUUGUAUUUUACUGUGUUAGUAAAGUGAAAUGAAGUGACAUGUCCAUGAAUAUGUACCUAGUAUACAGUAUGUACUUGUAUGCACAACAGCUUUGUUGUAACAAGUUAUUUAUAUCAUCACAUACUUAAGGCCCCCACUUAGUUUGAUCAUAAUUAUGUUCAUGAUGCAAUCAUUUUAUGUGAAGUAUAAGUACAAAUAAAAGGAAGGUAAAAUAAGGUUAGGAUUCGGACAUAGCUGAUAUUAAUAAUGCUUACAAUAAUACUCUUUGGGAGAAGCAUGCAACUCCUUGCCAUCUAGUUAAACACCACUUUUGAUACUAUAUGUAUGUAGAUUUUGUUAACAGAGUGUUGUUUUUAGCUCGGUUGUUUUUGGAGAAACCGAGGUAUUGUCAUAGCCAGCUCGUCAUCUGCCGUCCGCGUCGUGCUAAACCUUGACAUUUUGCUCUAAAAUCAAAGUACUUCCACCUACAACUUUGAAACUAAAUAUGUAGAUGCACCUUGAUGAGCUCUACAUGCCACACCCAUUUUGGGGUCACUAGGUCAAAGGUCAAGGUGACUGUGAACUCUAAAAAAAAAAAAUUAUGACAAGCUUUCAUUUAUUAAAAAAUGCACCUGCAGCCAAGCGUGGCACCCGUUAUGCAGUGCUUUUGUUUAUUUAUAUUCUCAUCGUCAACCGUUUAGUGAUUCAUCUUACCAGGGAGUUGCAAGUAAUAGAAAUCUUUUGUUCAAAACAAUAAGCAUAUUUAUUACAGAAAAUACAUUAUGCUAGAUCAAAUUAUAGCAAGAAAACAAUGAAUGAUGAGACGUGAUAUGAAUUGCCAAGUUUUAAACUUGGAAAUUGGCUCGAUUUGAAGUCUUUUGUGAGUUUGAUAGACUCAAAUUUCGUUUCAAAUCAGCAAUGAUGAUUCAUGUGCGUAUUCGCUUAUGAGGACAAUACUUCCUUAUUGUUGAGCUGUUUACUUGUAAAAGAAUAAUGAAACGGACAUGAGCUUGACUGGAAAGUUUAUUAUCAUCGGAUGGUUCAUUAUUUACAGCAAGCUACAAAUUGCUGAUAGCAAAAUGGAUGGAUUUUCAAAUAAUUUUACAUAAGUGAGCAGCAUGAUGAGAUGGAGUGUUGUAGGCAAUGAUCAGGUCCCUCUUCUAGGUGAAAGAUACAAGUAAGGAAAUUGUCCGAGAUAGUUUGUCCUAAACAUCCAUGUUCAUAGCAUAACUUUGUCUAGCAUGAAUGAAUAUUCAAAUUUCUUGGCAGGAGUGUCACAAUAGGUCACUAGGGUUAGGCUUAUGUCAAAAAUCAAGGUCAAAGGUCAGUCUUGAAUAAUUGAGAUUUUUGUAUAGUUUGCAGUAGUUUAAAGCAAACUGAGCGGUGCACACUAGAAUCGUUGGUCAAAUGUAAAGGUCAAUAUUUUAAGUCAAAGGCAAAAUAUGGCAAAUCGAUUAUGACUUCAGUCCAAUAUUUAACUGCAGUUUUUUUCCUGAAGGCAUAUCUGUGUGAAUUUGGCUUUAUUGUUAACAUUGAUCUUACAUUUGAUGCACUUUAUGUUAUUUUUAUGAAUAAUUGAAAGUCACACUACCUGUAACAUUGAUAUGUUUAUAGUAUGAUAUCAAAAUCAGGCUUCCACAGAUUUUGUUUUUUUCCUUUGUGCAGUCAUGAAAAAAAUGAAUAAUGUAAAUAUGUUAACAUGAUUGUCGCUGAUGCAUUGCUUGAUACGAUUUAUUCUUAACCAACUCACCUCUUUACGUAUUAAAUAUGUUUUAAAGCCGUGUAUUUACUCUAAAGAAACUGUUUCGAAACUCCUUGUGUAAUGAUUUCACUGGAAACGCAUUGACAUAAUUUCCAUUUACUAUUAGUUUGCAAUAUUUACCCAGUUCAACCUAGUUUGUCAGUUAUAUCAAUUAUUUCUUUUCAUACUUACUCUAUAUACAUGUGUUGUGUUGUCUUUGAUUUGUUUUCUGAGAUAAUAUACUAUUUUACAAUAUACAUGUCUUAUACACAAAUAUUGUUUUGUUAAUUUGUUGUGUGUUAAAAGGGCUGGUUCACAGAUUCCAGGCAGUUUUUGAGACAUUAAAUGCCUAAAUUGGUAUAUUGAACAUAAUUAAAGAGGUCAAGUGCAACACCAAUAAAAUAAUUUUAACAUCGAAAACUUUUUUCAUUGUUGGCCUUACAAAUAUAUAAUCUUUAUCUUCCAGAUUAAGUCAUUCGUGUUUGCCUCUUGGUCAUGCUGUAACACUUAUCAAUUUUAUCAAUUUCAAAUUAUGCAUAAAAGAACAGGUAUUUUCAGCAUUUGUUAAUGUUUGUUGUGUUAUUGGCCUCAUUGUGUAAUUUGUUCUAUUUUGUUUGAAAUUGUGAAAAAAAGCUGGAACAUUGUAAUUCAUCAAUCUGUGAACAAGUCUCUUUAACGUAAAAUUCAAAAUCAGAUGAAUUAAAAACGCGAUAUAAUGUCUAUAUAUUUUUCGCAUUGCAGGUACGUUUACAUAGCAUCUGUGUAUUAUUAUUACUAUUUUUAUUUAUAUUGUGAUUUGUGAUUUUUUAAACUGAGCAAUGAUCUGAGAAUUUGUUUUUUUGUUGACGUAUUUUCGAUGAGGUAUGUACUUUAAGUUUUGUGUCAAUUGUUUAUUUAUGAUUAGUUUAUUACUAAUGUACCUUUGUACAUGUCUCAUUUUGUAGUUAUUUUACAUUUCACUUGUAUUUUGUAUUGAUUACAUAAUUAUGGAUUGAUAUAAAAUUGUUUUAUUACUUAUUUAUUUUAAUGUUUCACAUAUUUUAGGCUGAAAGAAUCAUGGUUUGGUGUUCAUAAAGUUAUUCUUAGACUUAAAUAAAGAAUAGACUCAAGAACACACAAAACUAAAAUAAUUGAAUGUAUGAAACUUGAAGGGCAGCAAUCUUUGGCUAAUUUCAUUAUAAUUUAUUUUGAAAAAUGUUGCACUGGUUAUGGUUGAAAUCUUUAUCCCUUUCCCACUAAGAGGCAAAGUGAAAAUGGCUAUAUGCAGACAGUUUUUAUGCUGUUUGCUGCUCAUCAGUACUUAAAGGUUGAAUAUGAAGCCCUUAAAACUUGAAUCUAUAAAGAAAGGUCUUUAAUAAAUUUAACUUUUAAGCGUCCGCAAAUGCGUCAAAAUACGUAUCUAAGUGGUAAAGGGUUAAUAUGAGUUUGCCAGUGUUAGUAUUAACCCUUUGCAUGCUGGGAAAUUUGUCGCCUGCUAAAAUGUCGUCUGCUGAAUUUCUCAAAUAAGCUUUUUCUUCAUUUUUUUUUCAAAGAAUACUAUCAGAAUAGCAAACAGUUUGGAUCCCGAUGAGACGCCACGUUCUGUGGCGUCUCAUCUGGAUCCAAACUGUUUGCAAAGGCCUUUAAAAUUCGGUUCCCGCACUGAAAGGGUUAAAACUGGAUUGGUUUAACUGUUGAUAAUGUCAUAAUAAAUUCUUUGUAGAAUGUCAGUCGGUGUAUGUAUGAUUAUUUUAAUUGUGAAAUUUACAUUUAAGACAGCUGAAGACAUUCCUUUAUUGUUUUGUUUUUUAAAUCGUGUUUGUUGAAUACAAAACCUUAUAUUAAAUCUUGUAAUAUUGUGUCACAAAACAAUUAAACUUAGUGUUUUAUUUUUAUUGAACAUAAUUUAUUUUGUAGUGAAGUAGAACGUUAAGUAGGCCCCUAUGCAUAGUUAAAGCCAUCUAUGUGAUUAGGUACAUGUUAUAUUUAUAAAAAAUAUAUAAGUACUAAAUUCAUCAUGGUACCAUUACAAAUUUAGUUUAUUUCGUACGAUUUCUGUUAACAGAUUGUAGUGAGCGAUUGACUUACUGCGCACAAAUUAAACUGAAAAAUGGUUAAUAAUUGAGUGACCUUGAAAAUCUUAAUAUGUUAAAUCUAAGUUCAUUGUUUAUUUUAAGAUUCGCUGGGAUUAGAAAUGUGUUGAUGAAUGUGGGCUAUAAACUUAUUUUCUUUAUAUAUACGCAACAUUAAUUGUGAUAGUCUGUAGUUUAGCAGUGUGCUUACCGACUGUGAAUGUGUACUUUUAUACAAUCAUGUAUGACAGCUUUUAUUAAAAAAUGUACAAAUGUAAUAAACAUGAUAUAAACGA